CGCUGCGCCCCGCCCCCAAGCGUCUUCUUCCGGGGCCUCGCGACACCAGGAUCGUGCGCGGGUGAUCCUGGGAUUCGUAGUUAUCUUUUCCCGGCUUUCAUCAGUUUCUCUCCCUAUCGGGGACUUCAUGUCCCAGCGUCCACCGCGCCACCCGACCCUUGGCGCUUGCGUGUUGCCCUCUUCCCCCACCCUCUUCAGUUUCCACUCCCCCCGCCCCACUUCGCCUGCCGCGGUUGGGUCCGCGGCCUGCGCUGAAGCGGUAGCCGCCGUUUCCUGGAAGUAGCGACUCCCCUCCCCUACCCCAGUCCUGAUCCCCGUCCAGCCGCUGACGUGAAGAUGAGCAGCUCAGAGGAGGUGUCCUGGAUUUCCUGGUUCUGUGGGCUCCGUGGCAAUGAAUUCUUCUGUGAAGUGGAUGAAGACUACAUCCAGGACAAAUUUAAUCUUACUGGACUCAAUGAGCAGGUGCCUCACUAUCGACAAGCUCUAGACAUGAUCUUGGACCUGGAGCCUGAUGAAGAGCUGGAAGACAACCCAAACCAGAGUGACCUGAUUGAGCAGGCAGCUGAGAUGCUUUAUGGAUUGAUCCACGCCCGCUACAUCCUCACCAACCGUGGCAUCGCCCAGAUGUUGGAAAAGUACCAGCAGGGAGACUUUGGUUACUGUCCCCGUGUCUACUGUGAGAACCAGCCAAUGCUUCCCAUUGGCCUUUCGGACAUCCCAGGUGAAGCCAUGGUGAAGCUCUACUGCCCUAAGUGCAUGGAUGUAUACACACCCAAGUCAUCGAGACAUCAUCACACAGAUGGCGCCUACUUCGGCACUGGUUUCCCUCACAUGCUUUUCAUGGUGCAUCCUGAAUACCGGCCCAAGCGACCUGCCAACCAGUUUGUGCCCAGGCUCUACGGUUUCAAGAUCCAUCCGAUGGCAUACCAGCUGCAACUCCAAGCCGCCAGCAACUUCAAGAGCCCAGUCAAGACGAUUCGUUGAUUCCCCACCCCACCAGUCCCUAAGUCUUUGACUUCUCCUUUCCUUUGCUGCCACCCUUUCAGGAACCCUUUAUGGUUUUUAGUUUAAAUUAAAGGAGUCAUUAUUGUGGUGGGAAUAUGAAAUAAAGUGGAAGAAAAGACCAUGA